GUUGAUGAGGACUGCUAGUGUCCUCUGGCUGCCAUGAUCAACGAACAGGUGGUGGAGGAGGUGCUGCAAGGCCAACUGGAGGCUUCCAAGUGGGCGAUCCCACGACAGACCAAAAUAUACAUAUGCUCCACAAGGGCAGAUUUUCUUGAAGAGCGCCGCACACUGCUGGAGAAUGUCGGUCCGGAGUUGCAGAGUAUGUACGACUCGACCGGACUCGAGGUGGAACUGGUGGAUGUUCACUUCGGCACCGGAACCGACACGCUGCAGGAUCCGUACCGCUUUGCCGACCAGCUAGCAGAGAUUCAACACUGUCAUCAGGUCUCCAGAGGCUGCUUCUUCUUGCUCCAGUUCACCUUCCUCUUAGUGCAGCAUCUGGAAUUCGACGCUGCCACAGACUUGACUCAUGUACGUCUGGAGGUAUCCAAACAAAUCUAAUGAACUUUCUACAUCGUUUCGACAUCAGAAACAUCUAGACUUUACUUACUCUUUACAAUGCGGGAA